UCGGUAGUUUCUACCGGACUUCCAGAAGAUGGGCACAGGUAGUGGGACACGAAUACCUCUAUGGAUAUCAAUACUAGCACUUGCCUACAUACAGAUCAAAGUUCAAGCUCAGGGCAAUGAGCAAGAAUCACAAUCGAGCUAUGACUCUCCACCAUUCCUGCAGCGAAAAAACAAUCUUUCACCAGUUUCCAAAUCCAAUGGAGUGACAAUCAUCCCACCUCUUCCAAACACACUGAAAGUAAAGGCUGGCAACCCCUCUCACAAUGGCCGUGUAUGCAGUACAUGGGGCAACUUCCACUUCAAGACUUUUGAUGGAGACAUUUUCUACUACCCUGGGCUCUGUAAUUAUGUUUUUGCAUCUCACUGCAAUGCUCCCUAUGAAGAGUUCAACAUCCAGAUUAGGCGUACCAUGGUGGAAAAUGCUACCGUGAUCACUCACGUCAUCAUGAGGCUGGAAGGAGCAGUGGUUGAACUGACCCGCACCUCUGUCCUGGUCAAUAGCAAACAGAUUCAGAUGCCCUACAGCCAUAUGGGAGUCUUGAUAGAGAGAAGCAACAGCUAUCUGAAAGUGGCUGCCAAAUUAGGACUGACCUUCCUUUGGAAUGAAGAGGAUGCCCUCCUGGUGGAACUAGAUAAGAAAUAUGCCAAUCAAACUUGUGGACUCUGUGGGGACUUCAAUGGAAUUCCAACUAACAACGAGUUUAUUUCACAAAAUGUAAAACUGACUGCUGUACAGUUCGGGAAUAGGCAGAAGAUAGACGGACCCACAGAGCAGUGUGAUGAUCCUAUUCCUUCUGCUGUUCUGAUGAACUGUUCAUCUGAAUUUGCUUCUAUCUGCAAGACAGUAUUAACCAGUGAAGCAUUCACAAGCUGUAAUGCACUUGUGGAUGUCAAGGACUACAUUGAAACUUGCAUACAAGACCUAUGCCACUGUGAUACUUCUAUGGCUGACUUCUGCAUGUGCAACACCUUUGCUGAGUACUCCCGGCAGUGUGCUCAUGCUGGUGGGGAACCUCUGAACUGGAGAACCUCAGAAUUAUGUCCCAAGUCAUGUCCUUUCAACAUGCAACACCAGGAGUGUGGCUCCCCCUGCUCUGACACCUGCAGCAACCCAGAAAGAUCUGCACUUUGUGAAGAUCACUGUACAGAUGGCUGCACCUGUCCUCCAGGAAUGGUAUUUGAUGACAUUAAUGGUGCUGGCUGUAUUCCCCGUAAGGAAUGCCACUGUACCUACGAAGGCGAAACUUAUGCUCCUGGUACCUCCUUCUCAUCUAAAUGCAGAUCAUGUACUUGCGCUGGAGGUGAAUGGACUUGCGUCACUCAGUCAUGUCCAGGGACUUGCAGCAUUGAGGGAGGCUCCCAUAUUACAACAUUUGAUGAAAAACACUAUUCCUUCUAUGGAGAUUGUAGCUACGUCCUAACCAAGCUCUGUGACAGCAAUGAAUUCACUGUUCUGGGUGAUAUCCACAAGUGUGGUCUGACUGACACGGAGACAUGCCUCAAGGGUGUAGCCAUCAGUCUAAGUGGAGGACAAACUAACAUUGUGAUCCAGCCUUCUGGCAGUGUAUUUGUGAAUAUGAUCUACACGCAGCUGCCCUUCUCUGCAGCAAAUGUCACCAUUUUCAGACCAUCAUCAUUCUUCAUCGUUUUACAAACAACUUUUGGUCUUCAGCUGCAAAUUCAAAUUGUACCUCUCAUGCAACUUUUUAUAAACUUAGAUCCAUCACAGAAAGGGCAGACCUGUGGUCUCUGUGGAAACUUCAAUGACGUCCAGGCAGAUGACUUCAAAACCACAAGUGGUGUAAUAGAGGGUACUUCAGCUGCCUUUGGCAAUACUUGGAAAACUCGGGCUGAUUGCCCUGAUGCCAAAAUUACCUUUGAGAAUCCCUGCACACUCAGCAUCGAAAAUGAUAAGUAUGCUCAGCACUGGUGUGGCUUGCUCUCUGAUACCAUGGGACCUUUUGCUGAAUGUCACUCAACAGUGAAUCCAGAAGUUUACCAGAAGAACUGCAUAUUUGAUACAUGUAACUGUGAGAAUACUGAGGACUGCAUGUGCGCUGCCCUUUCCAGCUACGUCAGAGCCUGCGCUGCUAAAGGAAUACUCCUCAGUGGAUGGAGGAACAAAGUCUGCACAAAAUACACCAACACUUGUCCAAAAUCCUUGGAGUACACUUACAACAUUGAUUCCUGUCAACCCACUUGUCGCUCUCUGAGUGAGCCUGAUGUCACAUGCAACAUCAAGUUUGUCCCAGUUGAUGGCUGCACCUGUGUAAAUGGAACCUACAUGGAUGAAAGUGGCAAAUGUGUGCCUGCUUCUAGCUGUCCUUGUUACUACAAAGGGAUGCCUCUGUCUAUUGGGGAAGUUAUUCACGAUAAUGGCAUUGUCUGCACUUGCAGUUAUGGAAAGUUGAGCUGUAUUGGAGAGAAACCACCACCAGUCUGUGCACCUCCCAUGAUCUAUGUUGACUGUGGCAACGCUACUGCAGGUGUCACAGGAGCAGAAUGCCAGAAGAGCUGUCAGACUCUAGACAUGGAAUGUUACAAAACCCACUGUGUCUCUGGCUGCGUAUGUCCUCCUAACUACGUAUCAGAUGGCAAAGGUGGCUGCAUAGCUGCUGAAGAAUGCCCAUGUAUUCACAAUGGGGAGUCCUACCGUCCAGGAGACUCAAUCAGAGUUGGCUGUAACAACUGCACGUGUAGAAACAGAAAGUGGCACUGCUCUGAGGAACCAUGCCUGGAAACCUGUUCAGUUUACGGAGAUGGGCAUUACACUACCUUUGAUGGCAAACGCUUUGAUUUUGAAGGAGACUGUGAAUAUGUUCUAAUCCAGAACUACUGUGGCAGGAAAGGUCAGAAUCAGGGAACCUUCAGAGUCAUCACUGAGAACAUUCCAUGUGGCACAACAGGAACCACCUGCUCCAAGUCAAUUAAAGUUUUCAUGGGGAACUAUGAGCUGGUACUCAGUGAUGGACAUUCUGAUGUCAUCCAAAGGUCACCUGGAGGAGUAAUGCCAUUCCAAAUCCGUUCCAUGGGCAUUUACACAGUCGUUGACACUACUGUUGGUCUGAUACUCAUGUGGGACAAGAAAACAAGUAUAUUCAUCAAACUCAGCCCAAGUUUUCAGGGACAUGUCUGUGGCCUUUGUGGAAACUACGAUGGCAAUGGAAACAAUGACUUUACUACACGCAGUCAGUCUGUGGUAGGAAAUGUGCUGGAGUUUGCCAAUAGCUGGAAAGUGUCUUCUACUUGCCCAAAUGCCAAUCAAACCAAAGACCCGUGCACCGCAAACCCAUACAGGAAAUCCUGGGCACAGAAGCAAUGCAGCAUCAUUACCAGUGAAGUAUUUGCAAAGUGUCACUCCCAGGUUGAACCAAAUGAAUAUUAUCAAGCAUGUGUGGAUGAUGCUUGUGCCUGUGACACUGGAGGAGACUGUGACUGCUUUUGCACAGCAGUAGCUGCCUAUGCUCAAGCAUGUAAUGAGCUGGACAUCUGCAUUUCAUGGAGGACUCCAUCCAUUUGCCCUCUGUUCUGCGAUUACUACAAUCCACAGGGAGAAUGUGAGUGGCACUACAAGCCCUGCGGAGCCUCCUGUAUGAAGACCUGCAAUAAUCCAAGUGGGAAGUGCCUUCAUGAGUUGAGAGGUUUGGAAGGCUGUUAUCCACACUGUCCAAAGAAUAAGCCCUAUUUUGAUGAAGAAACCAUGGCUUGUGUUUCUAAUUGCGGCUGCUAUGAGAACGGAAAACAUUACAAGCCAGGAAUGCAGAUGCCGUCAAAGAAGAACUGCCAAACAUGUGAAUGCACGCAUGAUGGCAAAAUAUGCAAAUACGAUGAACAUGAAUGUGUCUGCAUUUAUGAAGGACGGACAUAUAACUAUACAGACAUUAUCUACAAUACUACAGAUGGCAUAGGAGGAUGUAUUGUGGCAACCUGUGGUCCCAAUGGAACACUUCAAAGAGUUGUGUACGACUGUCCAAUCUCAACAUCACCCACAACACCGUUUCACUUCAGCACUACACCGCCUGCCACUGUUUCCACAGUUACAUCAUCACCAACGACAUCAGUAUGCGUUCAUGAAGUCUGUCAGUGGUCAGAAUGGUAUGAUGGAAGUUCACUAAUACCUGGAUUUGAUGGUGGAGAUUUUGAAACAUUCAGUGAUUUGAGAGCUAAAGGUUAUGAAGUCUGCAGAGAUCCAAAGGCUGUUCAAUGCAGGGCAGAGAAAUUUCCUAACAUACCACUGAAGGACCUUGGCCAAAGAGUAGAAUGUAAUACAAAAGCUGGGCUUAUAUGUUACAACAAAGAUCAAAUUUCAACUAUGUGCUACAAUUACGAAAUCAGAAUCUUAUGUUGUGUUUUUGUACCGUGCUCUUCCACUCCAACCACCACAACACCUUACGAAAUUUCAACACGGACCACACAUACCCCAGUUCCAGAAAUGACAACCACAACAGCAAGUACCAUUAUUACAACUUCAUCUACAAUCACAGAAACAGGAAGUCCUACUGUCACAAGUACUUCAUCAGAAACAACAAGUACCUCUGAAGAGACAACAGGUACAACACCUUGCCAACCGAAGUGCAAAUGGUCCAAAUGGUAUGAUGUCCAUUUCCCAACUUUGCACAACAAAGGAGAUUAUGAAACCUACCAGGACAUUAGAUCUGCUGGAAAAGCAAUCUGUAGAAACCCUGAAAAAAUACAAUGCAGAGCAGAGAAAUACCCACAUAAACCUAUUGAAGAAAUAGGCCAGGUUGUCCAUUGCAAUCUCACAUAUGGACUUAUCUGCAGAAAUGAAGAUCAAAAAGGAGAACUGCAUAUAUGUCUUAAUUAUCAGAUAAAAGUAUUCUGUUGUGAUGACUACAGCCACUGUCAAACAAGAGUGACGCCUACGGUACCAGAAGAAAUUACUACCACCUCUACACAAUCACCAGUUACUACAACCACAGAAACGUCAACAUUUACAACUAAAAUAACAUCACCAGUCACCACAUCUCCUUCAACAGCAGAAAUCUGCGUAAAAGAAGAAUGUAGCUGGUCAACUUGGUAUGAUGUAAGCUAUCCAGAGUCAGGAUACAAUGAUGGAGACUUCGAUACGGUUCAGAAUAUAAGAAAACAGGGGUAUAAAGUCUGUGCUAACAGAAAGGCUGUAGAAUGCAGAGCGGUAAGAUUCCCUAAUACACCAUAUCAACUCCUGGAGCAGCAUAUUACAUGCAACACUGAAGAAGGUUUAAUAUGCUACAAUAAAGACCAGCUACCACCGAUUUGCUACAACUAUGAAGUACGAUUUAAAUGCUGUAAAAAUGUAUCAGUACCAUGCAAAACACCACAAACAACAUCUUCAACUGCCAAACAAUCAACAACUGGGACAAUCUCAACAACAAAAAUUACACCAUACACAGAAGUAUCAACAACGACAUACACACCAAUUAUACAAACAAAACAUAAGACAACAACAACAGAAACAAUACCACCAAGAACAGAAAAUAUUCACAGUGAAACAACAACAACAAAACAAAGCACAGAAACAGAAACAGUCUCCACCACAACAGCAACAACAACAACGAUAGGCUGCACAUCGACCGGUGUAACAAUUACUUCCACCAGCUCACCUUCCACCACGCACCACGUUACCGCCUGCACACCUGAACUCUGCUCCUGGACGGACUGGUUUGACGUUGACUUCCCCUCAACACCAAUAACCUCCACCAGCACCAGCACCCUCUCGCCGACCCCCACUCUCAUCUCUUCCACCAGCUCACCUUCCACCACGCACCACGUUACCGCCUGCACACCUGAACUCUGCUCCUGGACGGACUGGUUUGACGUUGACUUCCCCUCCUCGGGGACAAGCCAGGGAGACUUCGAAACCUACCAGCACAUCCGCGCUGCCGGGAAGGAAGUCUGUCGACAGCCAAAACAAAUUGAGUGCCAGGCCGAGGACUACCCCGAGAUUUCCAUCGAACAAGUCGGACAGGUUGUGCAGUGUGACGUCCACUACGGACUGGUGUGCAAGAACCAGGACCAGCACGGCAGUUUUAAGAUGUGCCUCAACUACAGGAUCCGUGUCCUCUGCUGCCGGCCUAACCCCGAAUGCGUACAGACCAUUACUCCUACCACCAGUCCCACCACCACCACCUUCUCCACAGGAACCUCUUCCACUACACCCUUCAUCACCGUCACAGGUUCUUCAACUUCCAGCAGCUACAGCACUAUUACCUCUUUAUCAACACCAUGUUACUGUAAAAUUGGAAACAACAUUUAUUCUCCUGGUCAACUGAUUUAUAGCACGAUGGAUAGUGAUGGAUGUACAUUUUAUGCUAGAUGUAGUGAAACAUGUACAGUUGUACGCUAUACUGGAGACUGUAAUUUUACUAGUCCAGUAACCACUACAUCCACUCAGAUGCCUACCGUAACAACAUCACACCCAAUUCUUCCUCCAGGUUGUGUUUCUGCUACGCACCCUCCCCUUCAGCCUGGCCAGAGAUUCAAAUUAUCCAACUGUACAGAACUCAUCUGUGAGGGAAACAACAAAGUUGUAGUAAAUCAAACAGUGUGUCCACCUAUAAAAGAAAUUACCUGUGCAAACAAAUAUCCAGCAGUAUUGGUACCUGAUGAAAAUGGAUGUUGUUACCACUAUGAGUGUCAAUGUGUGUGCAGUGGAUGGGGUGAUCCUCAUUAUAUUACUUUUGAUGGAACCUACUACACUUUCCUUGAAAACUGCACUUAUGUUCUGGUGAAACAGAUUGUGCCUAAAUAUGACAACUUCCGUGUUCACAUUGAAAAUUACUACUGUGAUUCAAAAGAUGGACUUUCCUGUCCUAAAUCCAUUAUUAUUUACUACAAAUCUGCAACAGUGAAGCUGACCCGUGAACUCCUGGAUGGUGUGAUGACUAAUGUGAUGUACUUCAACAAUAAGAUUGUCCAACCAGGCUUUCACAAAGAUGGCAUUUAUUUCUCCACGCUUGGUAUCAACAUGAUUGUAGAAAUACCAGAGAUUGGUGCAACCAUCACCUUCAGUGGGCUGAUUUUUUCUGUGAAACUUCCGUACAGCAAAUUUGGCAACAACACUGAAGGACAAUGUGGAACAUGUACGAAUAACAAAAGAGAUGAAUGUCGCUUGCCGAGUGGUAAGAUCAUUUCUUCAUGUCCCCAAAUGGCUCAUCACUGGCUUGUUGGUAACGACACAUCAUGCACUGGAGUACCACCACUACCAGUAACCACACCUCCUGCAAGGCCACAGUGUCCCGUUCCUGAACUCUGCAAGCUUAUCAAGAGCAAAGUUUUUGCAGAUUGCCAUGACGUGAUACCGCCAGAACCGUUUUUCAAAGGAUGUGUUUUUGAUGGAUGUCGUAUAACUGAUGAAUCCAUGCAGUGUUCCAGUUUAGAGAUAUAUGCUACAGAGUGUGCUGCAAGAGGUGUCUGCAUUGACUGGAGAGGAAUGACAAACAAUACCUGCCCAUACAGUUGUCCAGCAAACAUGGUAUACAAGCCAUGUGGGUCCAUUAAUCCUGCUACCUGCAGCCAAAGCCUUGUUGACCAUCCCGGCUAUGGAGUAACCGAAGGCUGUUUCUGUCCUGAAGGAAAGACGCUCCUGAGUGAAGACAGCAACAUUUGUGUCUCUGAAUGCUCUUGCAGAGAACCAAACGGAGUAUCCAGAUGGCCAGGAGAAAAAUGGACACAAAAUUGCCAGGAAUGCAUCUGUGACAAAUUUACUCUCAGAGUGCACUGCACAAAACACGAAUGUCCUCUGCCACAGCAAGUGUCUUGUUCUGAACCAGGAUACAUGCCUGUUCAGACACAGAUACCAGAAGAUCCAUGCUGUACCAGGACUGAGUGCUACUGCAACACGAGCCUCUGCCCUAAGGUCACACACCAAUGCUUAGAGGGACAGGAAGUAAUUACAGUAGCACAGCCUGGAAAAUGCUGCCCUACCUUUGAAUGCAGACACGGCUGUGUAGUCAAUGAAACCUACUAUGCACCUGGAACUGUGAUCCCAUCAGGCCCCUGUGAAAGCUGCACCUGCUCCAGAUCCCUUUAUUCAAGCCGUCAGAAGUUUGCUGUCAAGUGCCAGCCUGUUAUCUGUGACACCCACUGUCCAGUGGGUUACAGGUACACAAAGGAACCUGGAAAGUGCUGUGGCACAUGCAAACCUGUGGCCUGCAUAGUGGUCAUGGAAGACAACACUACACACGUGCUUAAGGUUGGAAAAUUCUGGAGCCCACCUGGUAAUAACUGUACAACUUACACAUGUGAAAAAUACAACGGCCAGUUCAUUACAGUCAUCUCAAAGAAAAGCUGUCCUGCCUUCAACCCUGAUCUCUGUGAACCUGACAACAUCAGGCUAUCAGAUGAUGGCUGCUGUAGAGUGUGCUCAAUCCCACCAUCAGGUUGCAAGAAGUACAACACCACUACUGUCAUCAAAUACCGUGGAUGUGUUUCUGCACCUGUCGAGAUGACAUACUGUGAAGGCAGCUGUGAUGCUUACUCAAAGUACUCUCAAGAAGCAAACAUGAUGGAACACAAAUGCUCAUGCUGUCAGGAAAUCCAGACUAGUGUAAGAAAGGUGACUUUGACAUGCAGUGAUGGAACCAGUCUUGACCACUCGUACACCUAUGUGGACCAAUGCAGCUGUGUGGGUGCUGAAUGUGUUCCCCAAGACACUGUCAACCAACAACAGCAAACAGGCAACAUAUGAGAUGAAGCCCUCUCAAGAAAAAGGGAAUGCCUAAAAUUAAAACUAAAGAGAAGCCAAAUGAGUUGAAUAUAGAUGAAAAUAAACAUUUGAAAAAAUUGUCAAAAGCAGCUAAUAUUUUUGACGAGCAGAUUAUAUUUUCUGCAUACAAUCUCAAUAUGUCUGUCCACACUAUUUCAGCUUUCCUUACCAUUAUAUCUCAUACUGUUUUUCAUGACUUUUAUUUACACCUUGAGGGGUACAGUAUAAGAUCAUUUUUCUAUUUCUGGUUACUUUGUCUUAUGAGAAGUGCUAAACCGCAAGACUGAGAUCACACAAAGUCUUUGAUUAGAAUGACAUUCUACUGUGCCUCUAGGCUUUCCUUUGGUGGCACAACAUAAACUGCAAUGGUGCGGAGUAAACAUUACUCUGUAGGAAAUCAAGUUUUGCUGGUCAUUACAUUCUGCAACUACUUGACAAUAUCUAAGAUUUCCAUUGAUAUACUGAACUAUUACAGAACAUUUUAAUUUCAGUUCAUUAAGACAGAUCAAAAGCUAAAGUCCAAGAAAAAGAAAACUGUACCUCUCUUUUUCUAUCUUUUUUGCAUUACGGAAAACUUAGAUUGCAAAAAGCCGUAUCUUCUCAAAGCCACAAAAUUCAAUGAUAUAGACAAUUUUUAGGGCAUUUCCCUAUCUAUUAACAGGAGAAAGAAAAGAAAGAAGAAAGAAGGAAAGAAAAAAAAGAAAGAGAACAGAAGAUACUAUAACGAUAAGCUGCUGCAUCUACUCUUUGUUUACAUAACAUCAUCAGCAUAGUAACUGCAUGAAAAUUUGGAAUUUUUUUUCUUUGUGGUGAACUGUUUACAGAAGAAGUAUAUACAUAUAUAUAUAUAUAAAUAUUGCCAAUGGGGCAUAUGAAGGACUUUUGUAAACAAAAGUAAUAAUAAUAUUAUAUGUAAAUUCUUUCCUAGAAAGCUUUUAAAAAGUUGUACUGUUGCUAUUUAUUUUGUUUUUUGGAGAACUGAUUUAUUGGGCCAUUUCUUUCAGGAUUAAUGUUACCCCAUUUGUUAGUCUUAGUCAUAUUAUCUGGGUGUGGUAUAUUUUCUUCUUCCGUUUUGUUUUGGAAUGUUGUUUUAUUUUUGUUCUUUAUGAAAAAAGUAAUGAUGAUUAAUAAAUUUUAAGCAUUUUA